GACAGACAUGUGGUACAGCAGAGUGCAAAGCUUGACAGAGAAAUCGGGAGCUAUGAAGCUACUGCCAGAAAAUAUCAAAGUGCUUUAUUUUGCCAGUGACUGUGUGGAGCCAUAUGUUGAGAUCAUCACAGUGAAAGACUCUAAGCGGCGCCUGAGUCUCAGUAGCUCAGAGGAGUCUGAAGCAGAGGAACCUGAGUACCAGGAGGAGGCUGACGAAAUUCUCCCUGUCCUGAGUGACUACAGCCAGCUGCUCGAUGACCACCACCUGGAGAGGCUUGCUGCUCACAUGCCAGCAAGGACUCAAGGUUAUCCAUGGCAACUAGUUUACAGCACCGCCAUCCACGGCAGCAGCCUGAAGACACUGUACAGGAACAUGGCCGGUCUGGACAGUCCGGUGCUGCUGGUCAUUAAAGACAUGCACAAAAAGGUGUUUGGAGCUUUUUCUUCUGAUCCAUUCAGAGUCAGUAAAUACUGCUACGGCACAGGAGAAACCUUCCUGUUCAGCUUCAACCCAGACUUCCAGGCGUACAGGUGGAGCGGGGAGAACUCCUACUUUGUGGGCGGCAACUUGGAAUCUUUGCAGAUUGGUGGAGGCGGGGGCGGCUUUGGCCUGUGGCUGGAUGCUGAUCUGUACCAUGGUUCCAGCUUUUCCUGUCCCACCUUCCGCAACGCGCCUCUCUCCACACAGGAGGACUUCAUUGUACAAGACCUCGAGGUCUGGACUGUGCAGAACUGAAGGAGAACAUCUGAAAAGAUGAGAGAAAAACAAAGUAGAAGCCACUGUCCUGUCUGGAGUGAGAGAACUUCAAGACUUCAAGGAGUGCAUGUGCUUCAGCCACCACUGCUAUACGUAACCCGAUAGAACAGUGGCUAUCAUCUGUGUACCUGGCUCAGAUUAGCCCACAUAUGAAGCCUGUUCUAGUGGUUCUCAGGCUGGAUUUCCUGUUAAUGCUGGUUUGAUCUGUGCCUGUUUCUACUUAGAGAUGAGUGGCUAGAUGAAAUCCUGCGAUUCAGGGCCCAGCCACUUUAAACUACCGGCUAUUCAUCAGUAGCCUUGUUCUAAGUCCAGUAAGUAACUGGCAUCUGAAGCUUUAAGCCCUCCAUGCCCUCCUUUGGUUGUGGAGAGCAUUAUAAUACAAAGUUCACAUUAACAUUGUUGAACAAAAAGUUUGUAACCACUGUAAGCACAUUCAGGAUUAAAGGAAAAUGUUUUUUAUUUCAUUUUAACAGGGCCAUGUGCAUUUGUGACAUUUUAAAAUGUGUUUACAGUAUGUGCACAUGGUGGCUAUAUGCUAUUUGCAUAUGCAUAUGCACAUAAAUCACCAUAAACCUUAAAGACAAAAAUGUCAAGUAAUUAAUUUAUGGUAAAAACACUGUAACAUUAUACAACCCUCAGUGGCCUCUUAACUGUAAUUGUACUUUUGAGUUUUUCUCAUAAGAGAUCCAGUUUUAAUGUUCUCUAUUUGAAAACUGCUGUACAGCUGCUGGUAUAGACCUAACCACUCAGGUUCAUUAAUAGAAAUAUAGAGUUGCACUAAUAAAAAUGUUUUAUCUGUGAUGAGUGCCGUUUGAGGAGGAAGGGAUCUCAACUGUUAACUAUCACUUCUUCUUCUGUCAAUGAAACACCUGCCUGUCUGUUUGUACAAAUGGAUUUUACUGUUGCUUCUCUAAACUGAAAAGACAAAAGGAAACAUUUUACAUCGUUUUCAUGUUUUUAUUAUCUAUAUAUUUGAAUGCAUUUUUAAGAAAAAUUAAACAGGAAAGCAAAGCAAAAGUCCAUGUUGUUCCUGUUUGUCUGUUUGUUUUACAUUUCUUUAUCUUUGUGUGUAAAUCUAAAUCAGGCGGUGCUGGCGCUGCCAAUGUUGUGUGGAACCACAAUAAAAUUUUGU